CCCGGUUCGGCCGCGAUGCCCAAGGCCCGGCGGGCGCGGGGCUCCGGCGCGGCCCCGGCGCUGCCCUUGGCCGAGCAGACGGGGGCGCCGGGCGGGGACGGCGGCGGGGACGGCGGCGGGGAUGGCUUCGUGGACGCGCGGCUGUCCCGCCGCAUCCUGGAGCAGGCGCGGCGGCAGCAGGAGGAGCUGGAGGCCGAGCACGGCCCCGGAGCGCCCGCAGGGCCCCGGCAGCGCAGCGCGGUUCUCGGGCCCGGCUCGGACUCGGAGGAUGAUGAGGAGUGGCCCUCGCUGGAGAAGGCGGCGGCGGCCGCGGGACGGAGUGGGGACUACGGCGGGGAGGUGGAGGUGGACCCCGAGGACGAGAAAGCCAUCGAGAUGUUCAUGAACAAGAACCCGCCGCUGAGGCGCACGCUGGCCGACAUCAUCAUGGAGAAGAUCACGGAGAAGCAGACGGAGGUGGCGACGGCGCUCUCGGAGCUCUCGGGCUGCCCCAUGCCCCAGCUGGACCCCCGUGUCCUGGAGGUCUACAGGGGUGUCAGGGAGGUGCUGUCCAAGUACAGGAGUGGGAAGCUCCCCAAGGCGUUUAAAAUCAUUCCUGCCUUGUCCAACUGGGAGCAGAUCCUCUACAUCACUGAGCCAGAGGCGUGGACAGCUGCUGCCAUGUACCAGGCCACCAGGAUAUUUUCCUCCAACCUGAAGGAGAGGAUGGCCCAGAGGUUCUACAACCUGGUGCUGCUGCCGCGGAUCCGGGACGACAUCGCCGAGUACAAGCGGCUCAACUUCCACCUGUACAUGGCUCUGAAGAAGGCUCUGUUCAAGCCAGCAGCCUGGUUCAAGGGGAUCCUCAUCCCGCUCUGUGAGUCGGGCACCUGCACGCUCAGGGAGGCCAUCAUCAUCGGCAGCAUCCUCACCAAGUGCUCCAUCCCCGUGCUGCACUCCAGCGCGGCGCUGCUGAAGCUGGCCGAGAUGCAGUACAGCGGAGCCAACAGCAUCUUCCUGCGCCUGCUCAUCGACAAGAAGUACGCGCUGCCCUUCCGCGUGCUCGACGCCCUGGUCUUCCACUUCCUGGCCUUCCGCUCGGAGCAGCGGCUCCUGCCCGUGCUGUGGCACCAGAGCCUGCUGGCCCUGGCGCAGCGCUACAAGGAGGACCUGUCCUCGGAGCAGAAGGAGGCCCUGCUGGAGCUGCUCAAGUUCCACAGCCACCCCCAGAUCUCGCCCGAGAUCCGCCGCGAGCUGAUGAACUCCGGGACCAGGGACGUGGAAGGGGAGCAGCCGGUGGCCAUGGAGUGAGCAGGGAGGGCUGGAGCCUGGGGUGCUGCUGGGAGCUGGGUCAGAGCAUCCCUGCUGGAUCCUGGAUCAGUGCAUCUCUCCUGGAUCAGAGCAUCUUUCCCUCCUGGAUCCUGGAUCAGAACAUCCCUCCUGGAUCCUGCAUCAGAGCAUCUUUCCCUCCUGGAUCAGACAUCUUUCCUGGAUCAGAGCAUCCCUCCUGGAGCCUGGAUCCUGCUCCUCAGAGCAUCCCUCCUGGAGC